GUUGUGGGUCACCUGAAGGACGCCCUUUUCCUGACCCUGGACGACGUGCAGCUGUGGGUUGUGGACGGUUUGGAUGGUGCUCUGGAUCAGCUGGAGCGUCUGGCCGAUGUGGCUCGGGUGGCGGUGCGGCAGUUGCAGGACUCUCAGGUGGGUCGAGCGGCCACAUCAGGACUGGACGACGUGCUGAGUCGUCUGGAGGACGCUACCACCUACUACCUGCCCCUCCCACCCACACUGCGUCGAGAGUGGGAGAUGCGGGUGCAGGAGUACGAGGAUGAGGACGAGGAUGAUGAGCCCAGUCUGUGGACGAGGGUUCGGAGCCUCCUGCUCAGCCUCAGUCUGCAGCUCUACCACCGCAUGAUGAAAGCCAGGGAGCAGCUGCUGAGAGCCGUCAGGACGCUGGGAGACGCCACUGACAAGGUGGGUCUGAGCCGGGUCCUGGAGCUGGUUGGCGAGCUGCUGCAUCACCUGCAGAGCCUCCUGGUGGCGCUGGUGUACCGAGCAGAGAAUCUCAGAGAGCUGACCAUGAACGAGAUCAAAAGUCAGGCGGCCAUGUUGGUGGAGCUGAGUCCGGUGCGUCAGGUCCGAGAGCUGCCACAGCAGAUCCAGCAGCUGCUUAGAGACCUGCAGGAACUGUCCAAGCUCCUCCUGCAGCUGGUGAUCAAUGCCACGCCGCUCUACAACAUGUUGCAGCAGCCAACAGAUCAGGAGGUCGAGGACUUUCUCAACCAGGAGGACUUUUCCUUUGACAGCUCAUCUCGUCGCAGUUCAGCUAACAGCCUGUUCCUUAAGGCGAUGGAUGGCCGUCCUCGUCGCCGCCGGAGUCUCUACUCCCGCGCCCGAGGCUCCGGGGGCCCUCAGAGCCCCGACCCCCCCAAUGGUCGGCGCUCCAGCCUAAAGGAUCCCGCAGCCCUGGAGGUGGAAGACCCACAUGUCCCUUCCGAUGGCAGCAUCGUCCGCCGACCAUCGGCCACCGAGCUGCUCCUCACACCGCUCAAACAGUUUGUCUCUCAGAGCCAGAAGGCCUUCGAGUACCUGAGUCCCAACUCCCCCAGCGACACCGCCAUAGCAACAGCCAACUGAGGUGUGACCCUGCCCUCCCUCACCAGCUGUCACUGCUGCCAACCUAUGACCAAUCACAGCCUCCCAUCCCCGAUGAUGAGAGCUUCCUCCCCGAGCUGGUGCUGGUUUGUGCGUUCACAUUCUCCGACAGAGCCAUUGGAAAAUUUGCUUAAAUCGCUCAGAAACAAAAAAGAAAGCAAACAGCGAAUCUCUGACUGAAAUUAGUCAAAAGAAAUUGUUCACAAUUUUAGUUUCUGCUUCGUAUAUAUUUGACCUCACAUCUUUAAAUGAGUCUGUACGUGACCAUUUUGACCUGAGAGACGGAUCUCCGUGCGACAGUAGAUGAUUCUGACUUUUCCGACACGUCUAGAAGAAGACGUUUUUGUUUUUACCAGAAUGUUCAGCCACAGCUUGGAUGAAGUCCAUGACAUUUUUUCUCUUAAACCUUCAAACUGAAUAACUCAGUUUUCUGAGAUGUUUUGUCCUCCAGACACUUCAGUGAAGUCAUCGGCUCACUUUCCACUGAUGAUGUCGAUGAUUGAUGAUUGAACCUGGAUUCCUGAAGUAAAAAUUUGUAUCUGUGACAUCAUCAGUGGAGAGUUACGACUGUGUGAAUGUUUGUUAUUAUUAUUAUUGUUAAUAAUAAUAUUGAUAAUAAUAAUACACUGGAAACUGCUUCUCGUGAUCAUGUUUGUCACGGGCCAAAGUGAUUACCAUAAAUGAAUUGCAUGAUAGCCCCAGAACUGGAGGGCUAGGGAACAUUGCGUACUCGCGAUACACACACACACACAAUCGCACACGUGUGUGGGGGGUCAACACAGCAGUCAGUAAACGUAGUGAAUGUAUGUAGAGGAGUUGGUUCAGUGAUGAAUGAUGGAGACACAGAGAGGAGCAGUAAAUAACUGACAGAGACACUAAGAACUAUAAAAAAUAUUUGACGUCCAAACAUGAAAAGACCUAAAGUAAGCAGAUAAUCUGAUCACUACAACCAAAUUACUUAAACAGCAUUUGUACAGGAGCGAUUGUGGCUAAGGCUUUUUGAUCUGUAUGAAUAGUUGAUCACUAUAUCCAGUUUCCAUAGUAAUAAAAUAUAUAUUAUAUUAUUAAUAACAAUAAUAUCAAUUUAUAAUAUCAAAGCGUUUUUUCUCCGUUUUCAGACAAAAAGUGAAUCUGUGAAAUUGGUUUUCGUCCUGUUUCAAUGUUUGAAAUAAA